AUGUGGAAGUAUUAUGACGGGAAAUCUAUCCUGGUGACGGGUGGGUCUGGCUUCCUGGGUACUGCAAUUGUACAUCGGCUACUGACGAGCACAUCUGCGUCAACCAUAUACCUGAUUUGCAGGGGAGGCAAAGAGAAAGUUCAAGCAAGAUGGAAAAAAUGGCUUCCACAUGGCACAUUGGAGAAACUCUACCAUUCAACACGCUUGGUGGUCCUCGAUGGCGACAUACUACUACCGAACCUGGGGCUCUCUGAGCUAGGGCUGAACACCAUACACAAAACCAUCAACGUGAUUAUUCAUGCAGCCUCAUCAAUCAAUAUGAUAAAGCCAUUAGGACGCCUGGCCCGCACAAUCAUCGAUCCAAUAGAGAUGAUCACCAAUUUUGCUUUCUCCUGCGCUCAGCUCGACCGGUUCGUGUACGUGUCGACGGCAUACGCCAACGCCCAUCUUUACCAACGAAGUCAAAAUACAGACGUGAGAAUUGACGAAAAGAUAUACGAGCUCACGCACCAUUAUCACCCCUUUGACGAGCUGAAUGAACUUCGAAAGCAUGGCAAGAGCCAAGCAUACGAAGCGGAGAACUUUCCUUGGGCGUACGCAUACGCCAAACACCUCACUGAAAGAAUGCUCCAAAGUCGAUUCACGGAGUUCUCAUUAAGUGAAAAACUACUCAUCGUGCGUCCAUCCGUCAUCGGACCAGCUCAGUCCCUACCGUUUCCAGGAUACAACAUGCCUAUGUCCUCACCAUAUACAAUGAUAGCUGCAGGACUAGCCCUAUCCCCAUCUCGAAGCUUGAAGAUUGCAACAAACAUGAAAGAUCCAAAUGCAGACGUCACCGGCGAUGAAGUCCCCGUUGAUGUCGUAGCCGACCGCCUACUCUUCCAUCUGGCCAUGGGCUCACACGGCUGUGUCCACGCUGUCAGUGGCGUCCGGUCGCGACUGAACUUCGAGUCAUGGCGGCAAUCAUUAGUAAAGAUUCGUCGUUUUCCCUGGGAAAUACGGCCGCGCUGGGUGAAAAAGGAUUGGAAAUCAUCCAAUCAACAUCCGAUGUCGAGACUCUAUGCUAUUUUCGGUACUUCUUUUGCGUUCUCCGAGACUAAAACGAUUGCUAUGUGUCGGAAAAUACCUGAGCAGGAGCUGUCUGGUCUUCAGCUUUUCACGCAGAUUGAUAUGAGCGAUAACCUUCUCAGUCGCACUGAAGGUAUUCGGUAUGCUAUGGAUCAGUUUGCUCGUCGGAAUUGGUUGGCAUGGGUGAUGGUUGGGCUGUUUUACUCUGAUUUUGGCAGGACUAGCCAUAUCACCCGAUGUGUGGACUGUGAUUGUUUCCUUAAGACGGAUUGUUUGUCUUGA